AUAUUUAUAGAUAUUAAGUCUAGAGAGAUAUUUUGUGCAUAAAACAGCAAAAAGAAGAAAAAAAUGACGUCAAAAUUAGAAGUGAACGUUGAAGAGGAUAUUUCUCGAAAAAUUCAAGUCUGUCCAUACCGCGUCAGCUCUCAGUCCUCCGUGGUAGAUGAUGCGGAAGAGUUUGCAGCAUUAGAAGAUCCCGACCGUAGGCUAGAAAGCGUAGAAACAGGUGACGAAAAGUCACCGACCAUCUCAGAAUGGUAUCGUUUGCAAUUAAACACUUUUGGGGCGACGUCUUUUCGGCGUGUCGAAAAACUGCUGGAUGCUGUGGAACAAACUCCGUCGGAAAGUGUGGAAUUUGAUUUCAACCGUUGCGGUUACACUAACCUACACGUACAAAUCGUACUGGAUGGUUUACUCCAAGCACGUCCAGAAUGUCUAACACGACUCGAUUUAAGUCGCAAUCGGUUGCUGAACGUGUCGCUGGCCCGAUGCCUGGGAAAUGUGCUGAUGGAACUGCAAAGCAUCGUCCAUCUGUCGCUUUCCUUCAACACGCUAGACGACGAUUGUAUCGAGGUGUUGGGCGAUGCGUUAUCAAAUUCGGGCGUUCGUCUGCUGGAAGCAGCUCACUGCCAAAUCACCGACCGGGGAGGUUCACUGCUGUUCAGCGCACUGCUCUACAGCGACUGUGUGCAAAUGCUGGAUGUUAGCUGGAACCAUCUGGACACGGCCAGCGGCCAGGCGAUCGGGCGAUUUCUUUCCACCCAAAAGACGCUGAAAGAGCUGCUACUGGCCGGUAAUCACCUGUAUCAGGAGCUACAAUGUACCGUGCCCCUUCUGCUGGGUAUGAUCGGGAAUGAAACGCUGGAACUGCUUGAUCUUAGCUGGAACGGGUUAAGAGGGGAAGAGUUGGGUCGAGCUCUUUCAAAAGCUGUACAACAGUCGAAGCUGAAGUGCCUCAAACUGGAAUGCAACAUGCUGUCGGAGGUGGAGUUGUCGUUCGUAGUGAAGCUGGCGAAGAAGAGUGAAACGCUCGUGGAGCUUUGGCUCGGUAGCAAUGUGUUCGAGGGCACCGUGCUGGUCGAGCUGGUUCGUACCUUCAUGCGCCAUCCUACGCUGUUGGUACUUUCGCUGGGUCCGUUUCAGUUCAUCCCCCAAACGGUGGCCAAACUGUGCCGAAUUUGCAAGCGCAAGUAUCCCGCCAAACAGAUCAUCUACCAGGCUGUGUUGAGAGCGAAACCGGCCCGCCCGGUGGACGUGCAAGAGAUGCUCCUGGAACGGAGCCGUUUCUUGGCGCAGAAGCCGAAGAAGGCAAAGCUGAAGCGUGAUCUGGGGCAUCUGAUGCUUCAGUUUGGUGAUGCCGAAACCACGCUGCUAACGCGCGAAGAGUUUGUGCUCGCGUUGAAACGGUUUCGGCUGAAGCUCGAUCGUGCGCUGCUCGAGGCGCUGAUGGAUGCGUUUGAAGCUCCGAAAAAGUUGGUAGACACGGGUGCAAUGGCGUUGAAGUACCUCACCAAACAUCCGACGGAGCGGCCGAUUGUAAAGUCCGCCAAACGGAAGGGCCAGAAAUAAAGACGAAUACGGAGUUAGGUUUGAAUUUUCAAUUUCAUAAUA